AACCAUCUCAAAAAUGACUACGAAAUAGUUCUUGAAAACACAUCAACAAUCCAACCUUGCUUUGAGGAUGACCAAUCAAUCCCGCAGCAGCAGUUUCAUUUCCAUCAGAUUAGUGAGAUUGAGGGCAUGGACAGCAACAGUGUUGUUGAUGUAAUUGGUGUUGUUUCUUCCAUUAAUCCUGCAACUUCUCUAAUGAGAAAAAAUGGUACUGAGACUCAGAAGAGAUCCCUUCAGUUGAAAGAUAUGUCUGGCCGAAGUGUUGAAUUGACUCUUUGGGGAAACUUCUGUCAAGCGGAAGGGCAAAGAUUGCAAAAUAUGUGUGACUCGGGGUUGUUUCCAGUUUUGGCUGUGAAAUCUAGUAGAGUAAGCGACUUCAAUGGGAAGGCAGUGGGAACCAUUUCAACAAGUCAGCUUUUUGUAGAGCCAGAUUUCCCUGAGGCUCGUACGCUGAGAGAGUGGUUUGAGAAGGAAGGGAGGAGUACUCCUUCUGUCUCUUUAUCCAGGGAAGUUGCCAGUGUGGGCAGAACAGAUGCCCGUAAGACCAUAUCUCAAAUUAAAGAUGAGAGGUUAGGAACCUCUGAAAAGCCAGAUUGGAUCACGGUUAGUGCAACUGUUUCAUUUAUUAAGGUUGACAAUUUCUGUUACACAGCAUGUCCUAUAAUGAUUGGGGACCGACAAUGUAGCAAAAAGGUUACAAAUAAUGGAGAUGGAAAAUGGAGAUGUGACAGGUGUGAUGAGUCUGUUGACGAAUGUGACUACAGGUACAUACUGCAGCUGCAAAUACAGGAUCAUACUGGCUUGACUUGGGUAACUGCAUUUCAAGAAGGUGGUGAGGAGAUCAUGGGCAUACCUGCAAAAAGAUUGUAUUAUUUGAAAUACGAAGAGCAAGAUGAUGAGAAAUUUGCAGAAAUCAUCCGUAAGGUUCUUUUUACAAAAUUUAUAAUGAAGUUGAAAAUAAAGGAAGAGACUUUUAGCGAUGAACAGAGAGUAAGAUCAACAGUGGUGAAAGCAGAAAGCAUUAAUUUUUCGAUGGAGUCCAGGUUUCUUCUAGAUUUGAUGGAAAAACACAGAGCAGAGAACAAUAGUUCUGUUACCCCAAAGGCAGAAAGCGCCAUACACAAUCUUGGAUUUCAUGACCCUGCAUCUGUGAAUAUUGGUGGUGGACAGUUCGUGUCACCUAUUCGAAAUAUUACCAAUGUCGGCAGAGAAUAUGGUACACCCAACCAAGGUAUUCAGUAUGGGAACCAGUACAGCAGCUCUAGGCCUUCUCAAUCCACACCACUUAACUCGAGCACAUACUGCAACAGCUGUGGAGGCUCUGGCCACAGCUCAAUGAACUGCCCGAGUAUCAUGAGCGGUCCUGUGCUCUCUGUUGGAGGGGGGAUGUACUCAAGUCGAUCUUCUGGCCCUUCUGGUGGUGCCUCUGGUGAAUGCUUCAAAUGCCAUCAAACUGGGCAUUGGGCUAGGGAUUGCCCUGGUUUGGCCACUGUCCCUCCAGCUUACGGUAACAGUGGCUUCACGGCUAGAUAAUGCUCAGGGAAGUUCCUAAAUUCUUUGAAUCCCUAGUUUCAUUUUUUUCACUUUCAUUAGAAAAGAUGUUGCAGGAGUAGCGCCGAGGUGGAAAGCGUGGACUUAGCUAGCUUUUUGGGGCCUGAGUUCCUGAAAUUUUCUUGUACAGCUUUUGCUUGGAAAUUAUGUUUUGCAUCUUAGUCUAUUUGUAAUCAUAGUUUGGAGUCUACUUACCUUUGUAGUAAUUUUCCUUUGAUGGCUGCGUUUAUAUUUUGCUAAGUUAAUGUAUCUUUGUACAGUGUUUUAGUUUUCUUUUGCACGUAUUUUUUCUCAAGUUUCUCUAUGGUAUAUAGUGUAGUUGGUCUAUUGAUCAAAUAAAUAGUUUGUGAAAGUUUUUUGUUUA